AUGUCAUCUGUAACUCGACUCCAUCUGUUAAGCAUGUUGAAUGUCAGUUGCCAGAAGCAGAAGCACUGCAGUUCACUUCCCGCUGACUCUCCUACAGGGAGCCCAAUGGAGUUUGUGGGACAACCAGGACCUUCUGGGGCCUGUAACCUCUUAGGAGUGCCGGCCCUCAGCCCCCUAGAAGUGGACGACGACGAUGAGUGCGAUUUGGUGAUCGGCAUCAGGCCCAAAUCUUCUCCUCUCCCUCGGAGAAGGAGCUGUGAAAGUGACGACGACUCGGAGCCUGAGCCGCCCCAGUCUGGCUCCAGGAGAGUGUCCUUUGCAGACGCCAAGGGCCUCAGUUUGGUGCAAGUGAAGAAGUUUGACACUUGGGAUGUACCCAAUCUGCCAGAAUUUGACGCUUCUGAGGGCGCAGGUAAAGAUGCAGAGGCAUACUUCCUAUCUCCUCUCACUUUCUCCCUUCCGUUGUCUACUGAGGAGCUGUUGGUCAGAGUCCGGGAGCAGAAAGUGGAACUGGAGACCGUCGAGUUAGUUCCGGGGACCACGAUACUGAAAGGUGUGAUCCGUGUCCUCAACGUCUCCUUCGAUAAAGCGGUAUACGUCCGAACCACUUUGGACACCUGGACGACCCACUUUGACCUGCUGACAGAGUACAUGCCCGGUUCCAGUGACAGUUUGACGGACCGCUUCUCGUUUAGGCUCACCCUAGUGCCCCCGUUUGAAGAGCAGGGAGCCAGAGUUGACUUUUGUCUGCGUUAUGAGACUCCAGUUGGCACAUUCUGGGCCAACAAUAACAACAGGAACUACGUGCUGCUCUGUCACCAGAGAAUGAAAGACAGGAAAGAAACGCCACUGAAGGAAAGAGUGAACAAAAAAAGCUGCCUUAAGACUGUCAGUCAGAGCUUCUCCGCUGAGGAAAACAAUUCUACAACGGAAGCUCCAUCUCAGGAAAUGAUUUCAACAGAUGUCACAGAGCAUGGAGAUACAGCGGACACUGUGAAAGCCAAGCAAAUCUCUGAUGGACAGUCAGGAACUUCAGAGGAGGAUCGACAGAAAUUACUGACCGAGAGCAGACAGAACUGCAGCCGAAGAAGUCGCAGAAAGGCUGCACGGGUGGCUCUGGUGAAGGACUACUUUUCUCUGAGAAACGGAGAAGCAGACGACACUGAAAGAGGUGAAUCCCCUCCAAAAGAAAACCAGGCAGCUCAAGAAGAAACCCCAGAGCAAAAGCACUCAGAUGUGCGAUCAUUUCCUGAGGGGGCCAGUAAAUCAGAAGGUUCUCAUUUUGUUUCUGAAUCUCCGGAAACAUGCAGCGAAUCUCUCACUGAUGUGCCACAUGAUACAUCACACGCACACGACCACACGUCUGACAGCGAGACGGAGAUAUCUGAGAGCAUCAAUUUGGCUGACUCAGCAACAUUAACAGGAGGGGAGAGAGCCACAGAUAUCCAAGACAACCCAUCAAAUGAUGAGCCUGCUUCUGCAGAAUGCCAAAAUAUCAACAAGUCUGUCUCAAAAGCUGAGGAAAGCAGUCAGAAGCAAAGCACGAGUAAUGAAUGUAUCAGCAGCAUUGCAGCUCAACCACCUGAUAUUUCAGAAAGGAGCGGUGAACACAGUGUUAGCCAGACCAACAGCUUCUCAUUUGGGACCGUGGUGGCUCCGUUGUAUCAUCAGGUGUUUGGCAGAGUAGGAAAUGAAAGUGGUUGGAGAAAUCCAGUACAAGCUACUCUGCAUGCUGGAGACUCAAGUUACCCUCGCUGUGAAAGAAGACAGACAAGCUGCAGUGUUAAAACAGAUGCAAGAGGUAACCAUGGCGAGGCUCAGGGACAUGUGAUUAAGAAUUUAAAAUGCUUAGUUACAAAUAGUCCUCCUGUGGAAAAAGAAGAAACAAGUUUGAGCUUGAGAGCAAACAACAUCCCGGACCAUGCAGAAACUCUGCGGUAUCCAGUUGAUAUUAUACAUUCAGACCAGAGACGAACAAAUACAUCUGAGGUUCCUAAAACUAUUUCUGGAGACACAGUAGCACAUUCACAUACUGCAAACAUUUUAAGUACAGAUCUGUUGAUUCCACAAAAACCCGCUGAGAGUUUACAUCUCCAGGGAGAAGCGCAGGAAGACAAUCUAACCCAUGACCCCAAACUGCCUGAAAAUACAUACACACAAACUAAAACUGAUCUAGAUGACACACUUGCAGACAGUGAAACAGAAGAAGUCAAGUCAUCACUUAUGUCACUUCGACCUUCUAAGAAUCUUGUACAUGAAUCAAACAAAGAGGAUGACGUUUGCGAAACAGUAACUAUAACAUCAGCCACUGUAAUUUCAGAGAAGGAUAAAGCAUUUAAAGCUUUACAUGAUUUAAAUCCUAAACACAUGAAAAAUUCAGCUACGGAAGAAACUGAGAUUAGCUACGUUUCUUGUUUUGAAAUUUUGGAGGAAAAGGAUGUCACAAGACCUCAGAUAUCUCUUGAAACUUAUAAUGUGGAAGAAGGAAAUAAAGUGGUGAACAACCCGCUGAAAGAAGAAACAAAACAAUCAGCAGAAGAAGAGAUAAUUGGUGAGGUAGCUGAGGCAACGACAAAAGCAACGAUAACGAAUCACAUGCAUGGUGACAUGUCCGUGGAGCUCAAAGAUGAAGACACACAAAACAUAGAGCAUCAUGAAAAAGAAGCUGCUGUUGCACAACAGGAGGAUUUGUGUUUCGCAGACACUACUGACGUAAACUGGGAAAUGAUGGUUGAAGAAGAGGAGAAAAACAUAUUAGCAGGUGAAGAGGAAAAAGAGGCAAUGAGUUUAAAAACAGAGGGGAAAGACCAAAGACAAUUGGAGGAUGCAGGGAGAGAGACGGCAUUAGAAAAUAAAGAUGCAACCGAGGUGGAAAAAGAGCACAAACUGGUUUGGGAGAUCACAGCUGCAACAGAGAAAAAGAACGAGGCUGAGGAUGCAGAUGUUUCAGAGGGCAAGAAGAAGUUUGGAGAGGAAAUUUGGGAGAUUAUGGCUGAAACAGAUAGGGAAGAAGUUGCAAAAGAACUAGAAAAUGUUCAAGGCACAAAUGAAGCUGGAGAAGAAGAUCUAGCUGAGGAGAUUGAAGAGGAGAAAAGAGAGAAACAAGAGGAGACUGAGCUGGAGAAAGAAAAACUAUUCGCAGAGGUAAAUGAGGUCGAUAUUUUAAAGACAAAUGUCCAAAAUGAAGAGGAGAUAGAAGAGGAGGAAGAAAUGGAAAUAGACCUGAGCGAUGAUGAUGAAGCAGGUGUGGAGUGGGAGGAUCAGGUAAAACCAAGGGAGGUAAAUUUAGAAGAGGAGAAUCCAGAUUACAAGGAGGAAAUUCUUGUUGAGACUGGAGAGUCAGAGAUCAUAGAUGCAGAGUCAGAGAGCAUGACGAUAGAGGACUGGCCAAAUGAAGCGGGCUGUUUUGAAGUAAGGUUAGACAUUACACAAAACAAGGUCAGGGAUUGUUCAUCUGCUCCGGUGAACAAUGUGCAGGACAAGAGAGUAAUUGGCAGAGAAAAUGGACACAUCCCAACUGAAAUGCAUCUUUACGAAGAGGAAGAUUUCCAAAGCAAGGAGCAUCAUACACAUGACCUCACACAAGCUGCAGGAGAUGAGAACGAAUCACUUGUUGCAGACGGAAGUUCGUUCAUUUUUACAGACGAACCUGAAAACGAUCAAACAAGCGAGGACAGCGCUUCAGCAGAGUCCGACUCAGACGACGAGGUGGAGUUGUACAUGCACUGCAUCAGGGCCGUGCACGGCGGGGCUCAGGCCCAGACGGACAGGAACAAGGACACAGGUUUUGGUGCAGGAAAAUUAAGGCCCUCUAUAAGCAGAAGUAAAUCGCUGCCCACACGAAUGCCUUCCAUCAGUGAGUCUCAGGAUGAAGAACAACACCCGAACCGCCUUCUGGACAAUCCUGAGGAAAUGGAGAAAGCAGAUGUUCAACCCACAGCGGCAGCAAGUGGACAGGAGAGCAUUGAUAGAAAUGUUUCAUGGUGGAAAGAGACUUUUUCCUGCAGCAAUAUCUCAAAAACAUUGUUAUACGCCACCUCGUUUGUGGUAUUUUUAGUUGUGGCCUACCGUUAUGAUUUUCUUGCCUACUUUGGGCUCUACUUGAUAUCAGUGGUUUGGCUCUACUGUCAAGAAAAGAGGCCGCCAAAGCAACAAAAAAAAACAACAGAAGGUUGAAAUAAACCUUAAACAGUAAUACCAUCAUUUGAUAUUUCCCUUCAUCUGAAGAUAUUUGAACAAGACCUAUUGGUAAAGGUCUAAAAAGAAGAAGAAAAAUAUGCAACAGUGAAUGACAAUGGGCAUUCAUUUAAAGUAAAUAUGACACAUAUCAGAAUAAAUGCUGUAUAUUCCCUAUGGGAGGAUGCUAAAUCUCUGUUGUCAAGAGUAUGAACCAAUUUUCUUUAUGCUUUACUGUACAUAAAACUGAGCAUCGACAACAGAAAACAGGCGGACCAUUGAUGUGCAAAUUAAACCAAUCAGUGUGCCGUGUGUAUGAUAGCCACUUAUAGAUCACUGUGUUUGUGUAGCGUACAUUUAGUUUUCAUAAGUCUGGAAUUAAUAAAUUGUA